AUGAAAUAUGAUAACGCAGGCUGACAUUUUUGACCUAGCCUAGCCCUCUGUGAGCAAAAAGUUGGAAUGAUUAGAUUCCUAAGCCAAAUUCAAAGAAUUAACAACUUUUGUUACAGUAACGUUAUAGUGAGUAAUCGAGUUGUAGGUUUUAGCACAAGUGGCACUAUGUUUAAGUCAGCAGUAUUCAAUCUUCAAGAAGCUUCUAAAGAUCAAGUUCAAGAGUUUCUAAACUCAUUUGAUACAGUUUUAACAGAUUGUGAUGGGGUUUUAUGGAUUGAUAACAAUGCCAUCUCAGGAUCAGCAGAUGCAAUGAAUUACUUCCGGAAAUUGGGAAAAAAAAUAUUUUAUGUGACAAACAAUUCAACAAAAAUUCGCAGUGAGUUUGCAAGUAAAGCAACUCAACUAGGCUUCAUUGCAAGUCAGGAAGAGAUAUUGUCAACUGCUUACUUAGUAGCUCAUUACCUAAAAGGUAUAGGAUUUACCAAAAAGGUAUAUUUACUGGGAUCAAAUGGCAUUGGAGAGGAACUGAAAGCUGUGGGUGUUAGACAUAUUGGUGUAGGCCCUGAUCAUGUGAAACCAGAUUUCAAAUCAAUGCAGCCUUCGGAACUGGAUCCUGAAGUUGGUGCUGUGGUUGUGGGUUUUGAUGAACAUGUCAGUUACCCAAAAUUCAUGAAGGCUGCCUCUUACCUCGCAUCCGAACAAUGUUUGUUCAUAGCAACCAAUACUGAUGAGAGGUUUCCUAAAGCUGGCUCUAUUGUUGUGCCUGGUACUGGCACUUUGGUAAGGGCAGUUGAGACAUGUUCAGAAAGAAAAGCCCUUGUUCUUGGGAAGCCUCAUAAUUAUGUGCGGAAGUAUCUUGAAUCAUGCGGCUUAAAUCCAGCCAGGACUUUGAUGAUUGGAGACAGAUGCAACACUGACAUAGAACUGGGUGUUCGCUGCGGCUUCCAAACACUGCUGGUGCUUUCAGGUGUCACUUCACCGAAAGAUCUGGAGAAACUGCGCAACGAAAAAACUCCGCCAUUACCAGACGUUGUUUUACCGAAAUUGGGAGAUUUACUGUCUCUUGUAUCAUAGGAAAAUAAUUAAACAAAUAGUAGCUGAUUAUAGUAGAAUGUUCAAAUCAUAGGUCAAUUCUAAAGCAAGGGUAGUAUUCAUAAGCAGUGUAAUCACUCCAUGUAUUAUUAAGUUACAAAUCAUUAUACAAAAUAGAAAAUGCAUUAAAUAAGUACAACUAUCAACUAGCGCAAUGUGAUGUUAAAUAUUUAUUUUUUAUUUAUUUUAACAUAAUGUUACUUUGAUAUGGGUGUUCUUACUGUGUUUUAUCUGACUGUGAUUUUUUAUAAUAGACCUAGGUACAUUUUAAGCCAAGUAAUAUUAUUAGGCCCACCUACCCUAACUUAUGUUUGUUUCUCCAUAUGACAUAAAUAAUAUAAUAUAACGAAUCACUGUUGAAUGUAGCCUUUUAGCCCCUUAGAUCUUAUUACCAGAAAUGACAAAGGAAGUUGUAAUGUAUCUUUUAUUUUAUACUUUUUACAUUGUUUUAGUAUUGUGACUAAAAUAACUGAAUUUUCAUUUUAUAUAGUACUAUAGAAUAGUCUUCCAGUUCAAUGAAGUUUUGUAUCCAUAUAAUUAUGGUAUCGACAUACGAUAUGGGAUUUCGACUUCAGGCUAAAUUACUUUAUGACACGCAAUUUUAGUUAUAUACUAUUGGGAUAUCACGCAUCUGUGAUUGAUUAGCUUGAUUAAUUCAAAUAUUUGACUAUGUAUAAUUGCUUACAGCAUUGUAUUCAAUGUGAGACAGGAUCAGUAGAUCACACUGCACUGUUACUGUUUUAUUUGUAUAAGUAAUACUAGAACUAUAAUUUUAUUAUAGCAACUUAAUUCGGUAAAAGAAAGUCAAAUUAGUAUUUGUUAUCUUCUAUUGUGUAACUAAAAUGACACAACUACGAGUUUUGAGUUAAUAACACUAAUUCACCUUAAAAUCACUGCAAUAUUUUCGUUAUUUUGUGACCUGCAAUUUACAUACCUAAUUUGAAUCCUAUUCGUGUGUUAUCGCUAAUUUGUAUUUAGUAAUGUCCUCUCCCCAACCCAAAUAAUGUGAAGCAUUAAGAUACCUAUUGAAUAAGUGUUAAGGUCAUUACGUAACAAUAAAUACUAUAAGGGGACUACAUAUAAUAACGUUAUUUUACUAAUAAGUACUUGUUACUAUAUUUUAAAACUGCUUUGUUGGCUCGUCACUGUAUGUGUUCAUUUGUAUACACAAAAUAAAAUAAUAUUUUAUUACAGUUAUGGAAUAUAUAAUGUUGCUUUUAAUAAAAUAUUUACAUCGUUAAAGAUCCUUUUAUUUAGCUGUCUGUCUCCUGGUCGUAAACUAAACUAAAAUACCUACCCACCAAUUGUCAUCCAAAUCGACUUAGCCGGUUUUGAGUUAUAAAUAGUGUAACUAACACAACUUUCUU